AUGGAGUACCCUCCUCAAUACCAACAGCCCCAUGGGCAACAUCCGCACGCGUCCUCUCACAUCCCGGGUUCCUACCAAACUGGCGCACCAAACGCCGGUCCCCCCGUUGGAUCGAUGACGUCGCCUACCAAUGCUCAGGCACCAAUUCAACCUCACGCCGCGCAUCAAACCUCACCCAUCGUCCCAUCCCAACCGCAUUACCAACAAGCACAGAAUGGGCCUGGUGCCGUGCAUCAGCAAAUGAACUUUCCUCAGGGCUACGGCGUACCUGCGCCAAUGGCUCAGGGCUAUGGUAUCUCAGCCACGCAAGCGGCCGCCAUGGCCACCGCGGCAGCUUCUGGACAAUACUUUCCUCUGCACCAGGACUCCAUGGGUGGACAGAUGCCCCCUGGCUCCCGAGGCUCACCACGCAUGACAAACAUGCAAAUGAAGGAUCGCAACCCUCGCUCCCCACCACAGAUGCAAAGUCAGAUGCCCCCAAUGGGCUCUCAGGUCCAAAUGGCACCAAGCCAACAAAUGCCUCAGCGUCGCAUGAGCCAUGUUGGUAGUCCUAAUGUUCCAAGUGCACAACCGGUCAUGAGCCACGUUGGACGGCCCUCGAUUGCAGCUCCCCCGCUCCCCCAGGCACCCAUACAACAAAGCCAGUCCUCGCCGGACAUGGUACCCGGAAGCAAUCAAGAGGAGUCGCCUUUGUACGUCAACGCCAAACAAUUCCAUCGAAUCUUGAAGCGCCGCGUGGCGCGUCAGAAACUCGAAGAGCAAUUGCGCUUGACAUCGAAGGGUCGCAAACCCUACCUUCACGAGUCACGACACAACCACGCUAUGCGCAGACCCCGUGGCCCUGGAGGGCGAUUCCUAACAGCCGAUGAAGUUGCCGCCAUGGAAAAGCGCGCCGAGGUCACAGGCCAGCCAGUCACCUUCGAGGAUCUCAGCAAGCCCUUACCAACCGAGAAUGGCGCCGGGCAGAAGCGCAAGUCCAGCGAGGUGCAUGAUGAUGGUGUGAACUCCAAGAAAUCAAAGGUGGCUGUCAGUGGUGACUUGAGCGAACAAGACUCUGCCGAAGCCUCUGACGAUGACGGUUGA